AAAGAGAAAGGGUACAGUUAAGAGGGUGUAAUUGCAAAAAUGUUCUUUUGAUUGGCACGAGAGGUUGGUGGGUUCCUACUUUGCAGUUUGUUUUCUUUAAUUGAGAGGGAGGAAGGGGCACUUUCUCGUUUCGAUUCUUCUUUGACUGACUGGAAGAGUCGCGGAAAAUCUGUUUAAAACGGAAACUCAUCAGAGAGAGAGAGAGAGAGAGAGAGAGGCACUUACUUCGAUCAGUCGCUCAACUCUGGAUUUCCCUCGAACUCCGUUACACCCAUGAUCCGGUGGUUCCUCCUAGUCGCAAAGUUUUGAUUCGAAAUGGAUUUUUCGCGUCCGAGUUUGGUUCGUGGAGGUAUGAGUUACCGCUUGCCUUCUCGGUUCAGAAGUCCCACCCAUGCUGGAAUCAUCUUCCCCAGAUUUUGGGAUUAUUCUAAUCCACUGAGGAGGAAUGUCUUACCAAGUGCUACUUUGACUUUGAAUACUCCUCCUUCAAGAGUUUUUAGUUCAAAGCCAACACUAGUCUCCUUUGGAUUUAGGUCACAUUCUCUAGCUGAUGCUCGCAAUGUUGAAACUAAUGUUCACGAUGAAGAAAACGAAUCUGACAGUCUGGAGGAACUCAGAGAGUUACUUCACAAGGCUACCGAAGAAUUGGAAGUUGCCAGGCUCAAUAGUACCAUGUUCGACGAUAAGGCUCAGAGGAUUUCUGAAACUGCCAUCGCUCUCAAGGAUCAAGCCGCUAGUGUUUGGCUUCAGGUUAACAAUACUCUUGAUCUCAUCCGAGACACUGUUGAUGAGGAAUCUCUUGCUAAAGAAGCUGUUCAUAAGGCUACUAUGGCCUUAUCUCUCGCUGAAGCAAGGCUUCGUGUUGUAGAGGAAUCUCUUGAAAGUAAUGGUAUUCUAGAACCCUCUCCAGAGCCUGAAAUAACAGAUCUUCUUAAAGACAAGGAGGAAGCCCUUUUAGCUGCCAAGGAUGACAUCAAAGAAUGCCAACUCAACUUAGCAAGUUGUGAAGCUCAACUGAGGGCUUUGCAGAGCAAAAAAGAAGAGCUGCAGAAGGAAGUCGACAAGUUGAAUGACUUCGCUGAGACCAUACAGAUCAAUGCCUUGAAAGCAGAAGAGGACGUUGCUAAUAUCAUGAAAUUGGCUGAACAAGCUGUCGCUUUUGAGCUUGAGGCUACUCAACGUGUUAAUGAUGCAGAGAUUGCUUUGCAGAGAGCUGAGAAGUCCAUCUCCCAGAAACCAGAAGAAGCUCAAGGACAACUCUCCGAUGAAGAAACUCCCCUCCAGGAUGAGGUGGUACUCUCAAGUAAUAUCCAAAGUGGCAGCCAUGAGGCUGAAAGAGAUUCACAAAUACAUGAAGAUCUCUCAGCGGUACAGAACACAGCUGAUCAUUUGCCUGAUAAUGUUGGUCAGAAGGCUCAAAAGCUAACGCAGUCUUAUGAUUCAAACGGUCAUGAGAAUGGAAAGCCAAGUGUAGAGUCUUCCGAAGUGUUGGCAUCAGAUUCUGAAAAGUCAAAGAUUCCAAAGAAGCAAGAAACACAGAAAGAUCUCCCAAAAGAGGGUUCUUCUCUUAAUGCAUCCAAGGCAUCGUUUAAUAAAUCCUCUCGUUUCUUUUCUGCAUCUUUCUUCUCUUCCAAUUCAGAUGGGAAAACGACUGUAUUUGCGAGUCUGGUUGAUUCUGUCAAACAACAAUGGCCCAAGCUAGUUCUUGGGGUUGCACUUCUCGGAGCAGGACUGACAUUAUACUCCAAUGGAGUAGGCGGGAACAAUCAGCUGCUUCAACAGCCAGAUGUUAUCAGCACUAGUACUGAAGAUGUCUCUUCCAACAAGAAACCAUUGAUCCGGCAAGUGCAGAAACUUCCCAAGAGAAUUAAGAAAUUGCUUGAAAUGAUCCCUCACCAGGAGGUCAAUGAGGAAGAAGCUUCGCUUCUUGAUUUUUUGUUCUUACUGCUGGCAAGCGUCAUAUUUGUGCCUCUAUUUCAGAAAAUUCCUGGAGGCAGUCCUGUUCUUGGGUAUUUGGCAGCUGGAAUUCUGAUUGGUCCUUAUGGUCUUUCGAUAAUCCGUAAUGUGCAUGCAACCAAAGCCAUUGCAGAAUUUGGAGUUGUUUUCUUGCUUUUCAACAUUGGCCUUGAGCUAUCUGUUGAAAGACUGAGUUCCAUGAAGAAAUAUGUUUUUGGAUUAGGCUCCGCUCAGGUUCUGGUGACAGCAGCAGUAGUUGGAUUGAUUGCCCAUUAUGUUGCUGGUCAGGCUGGUCCAGCGGCAAUAGUUAUCGGAAACGGCCUGGCACUGUCCUCCACUGCUGUUGUCCUUCAGGUUCUACAAGAACGGGGUGAGAGCACAUCUAGACAUGGACGGGCUACAUUUUCCGUCUUGCUUUUCCAGGAUCUAGCUGUAGUUGUUUUACUGAUUCUCAUCCCACUUAUUUCACCUAAUUCAUCUAAAGGAGGGAUUGGGUUUCAAGCCAUUGCUGAAGCGCUUGGGCUUGCUGCAGUCAAAGCUGCAGUUGCUAUUACUGCCAUAAUUGCUGGUGGCCGUCUUUUUCUUCGACCAAUCUACAAGCAAGUUGCAGAAAAUCGAAACGCCGAGAUAUUCUCUGCUAAUACACUUCUUGUUAUUCUUGGGACUAGUUUACUGACAGCUAGGGCUGGACUUUCCAUGGCAUUAGGAGCGUUUUUGGCUGGUUUACUCCUUGCGGAGACAGAAUUUUCCUUGCAAGUAGAGUCAGAUAUUGCUCCUUAUCGUGGUCUCCUGCUGGGGCUCUUCUUCAUGACUGUUGGUAUGUCUAUAGAUCCGAAACUUCUUCUUUCUAAUUUCCCUGUCGUAUUGGGGACUUUGGGGGUCCUGAUAGUGGGCAAGACUAUAUUAGUCGUGAUCAUGGGCAAAUUGUUCGGAAUUUCAAUCAUAUCUGCAAUUAGAGCCGGACUUCUUCUUGCCCCAGGCGGAGAGUUUGCAUUUGUUGCUUUUGGAGAAGCUGUCAAUCAGGGUAUAAUGUCUCCUCAGUUGUCUUCGUUACUGUUUCUUGUGGUGGGAAUCUCAAUGGCUAUCACGCCUUGGUUAGCUGCUGGUGGCCAGUUAAUUGCAUCCCGGUUUGAGUUGCAUGAUGUUCGAAGUUUAUUGCCGGUUGAAAGUGAGACGGAUGAUUUGCAAGACCACAUAAUUAUUUGCGGAUUUGGACGAGUUGGUCAGAUAAUUGCUCAGCUUCUUUCAGAAAGACUUAUCCCAUUCGUUGCCCUAGAUGUUAGCAGUGAUAGAGUGACUAUCGCCCGUUCCAUGGAUCUUCCUGUUUAUUUUGGAGAUGCUGGUAGUAGAGAGGUUCUCCACAAAAUUGGAGCUGAGAGAGCAUGUGCUGCUGUGGUUGCUUUAGACGCACCAGGAACAAAUUACAGAUGUGUGUGGGCUCUGAGCAAGUACUACCCCAACGUGAAGACAUUUGUUCGUGCACACGAUGUUGUUCAUGGUCUUAAUCUUGAAAAAGCUGGUGCUACUGCAGUUGUACCAGAGACUCUGGAGCCAAGUCUACAGUUGGCAGCUGCUGUUCUUGCUCAGGCCAAACUACCGACAUCAGAAAUAGCAAACACGAUCAACGAGUUCAGAACCCGUCACCUGUCUGAACUAACGGAGCUAAGUGAAGCAAGCGGAAGCUCUCUGGGGUACGGCUUUUCGAGGACGACGAGUAAGCCAAAAGCUCAAGAGUCGGAUGCAUCUGAGGAGAACCAGAUCAUGGAAGGAGGUGGUACACUCGCGGUCUGAGGGGCCGUUUCUUCAUUCUAGCAGGAACAAGGAGCUUAGGCAUUCUUGUGGUGGCCAUUUCUUUUGCCUGGUAGUUUCUUACUUUGAUAGGAAAAAAAUGAAACAGUCUCCUUUUGAACAGAUUAGUUUAUGUAAUUAAAGAGUAAAUAUUACUCGAUCCAGCUCAUUUGGGAGUUUUAAGUCUCUGUUCUCAGAACAACAAAACCAU